UCGAUUCUCCGUGGUCGUUUAAAAGUUCCCGCAUAUUUUAACCAACGGAACCCCCUCCAGCACAUUCCACUGCACCCAUGUGUACCUAAUCCCCCAUCUCUCUCUCUUCCACCCUCAGCCCAUCACCGAUAGCCGCCAUUGAUUUCGAUCAUACUCUUCCGAGCACAGCCGGCACCGCACCACCCAAUGCUGCCCUACCAGACCAUCGAGGAGGCCUCGGCGGCCUUGAGCCGAAACCUCACCUUCGCCGAGACACUGUGGUUCAACUACUCUGCUUCCAAGUCCGAUUACGUCCUCUACUGCCACAACAUUCUCUUCCUCUUCGUCGUCUUCUCCCUCGUCCCUCUGCCUCUGGUUUUCAUGGAGGUUCUCAGGUGGGCCGGCCUCGACCGCUACAAGAUCCAGCCCAAAGUCCGAUUGCCCUUCUCUGACAUGUUAAAGUGCUACAAGGACGUCAUGUGGAUGUUCUUUUUCAUCGUCGGCCCCCUGCAGCUCGUCUCUUACCCUUCAAUCCAGUUAAUCGGAAUUCGAACGGGAUUGCCAUUGCCUUCUGGAUGGGAGAUGCUUUGCCAAUUGUUCGUUUAUUUCUUGGUAGAAGAUUAUACCAACUACUGGAUCCACAGAUUUUUACAUAAUAAAUGGGGGUAUGAGAAAAUCCAUCGAGUUCACCACGAGUACACUGCUCCGAUUGGAUUUGCAGCGCCAUAUGCUCAUUGGGCUGAGAUUUUGAUCCUUGGUAUCCCAUCUUUUCUCGGUCCAGCCUUGGUUCCUGGCCACAUGGUCACAUUCUGGUCGUGGAUAGCAUUGCGGCAGAUUGAGGCCAUAGAAACGCACAGCGGUUAUGACUUCCCCUGGACUCCCACAAAGUAUAUCCCAUUUUAUGGCGGUGCUGAGUAUCAUGAUUACCAUCAUUACGUUGGAGGACAAAGCCAGAGUAAUUUUGCUUCAGUGUUCACCUACUGUGAUUACAUUUAUGGAACAGAAAAGGGAUAUCGUUUCCAGAAGAAGAUCCUUAAGAAGUUGAACGAGGAAACUGCCGGUGUCCAAAAUGGAGGCUCCGUAGAUCUUAAAUCUGAUUAGCUUCGAGACUGUGUAACCCUGUCCGCAGAAAUUCCCUUUUGGUACCGUUCUCACUGGUGACAAUCUCCGAAACCUCUGAUUUCAGGUUUGCAUCACAAUGCUGGGGGUGCUAAAAUAGAAGCUGUAUCACAAUGCUGGGGAUGCUAAAAUAGAAGCUGUAGUGAGUCAGGUGCAGUUCACUUUGGGUUUCACUGAGUUGUGAUUUCCGGUAGCUUGACGGGCGGAAUUGAAAAUCACUAGAUUGUAAGGUGGAAAGUUCAGACUAGUGUUUUUUUACAUUAUGUUCAAGGUAUAGUAGUUUUAUGAACUCGUACGUUGUUUGUGAUUUUGAAAUUAAUUAUCAGUUUUUCUAGCUA